CAAUUUCAAGCCCCAUAAUUAAGCUAACACGCAGGCCUUUAAACUUUCAUAUUUAACCUCCAAAGAUUUGUGCAGCUAGUAAAGCACCAUGGAAAUGAGGCUUAUCUCAAAAACUGUAUGUUUUAUACUUUUUCUUCUUUUAACAGUUCGUAUAAACGUUAAAGGCCGCUCUCUGGCACACAGCUCUGUUGAAUUACUGGUUUCAGAUGGCAUCAAUGAUGUCCAAGAAAACCAAUCUUCCAUUCUACUUCUCAAAGGGAUGGAUUCUUCCUCUGAAGAGAAGUGUGAGCAAUUGUAUGGCUUCUUGCCGUGCUCCAGUAAUAUUUUUGGGCAUCUCUUUCUAAUUGCAGUGUAUGAAUAUAUGUUGUUCCAUGGAGAGGGCUACUUGGCCUCUGGAGGUGAGAAGAUUUUCAGGAUUCUUGGACCUGGUGUCUUCGGUGCCAGUGCAUUCCAGGUUCUUGGAGCCCUUCCUGAGUCCUUGAUACUUCUAGCAUCUGGAUUAUUGAACACAAGAGAAGUUGCUCAAGAGUACGUGUCUACAGGAGUCGGACUCCUCGCAGGAACAUCUAUUUUGCUUCUAACAAUGCUCUGGGGCACCUGUGUUAUCGCUGGCAGCGUUCAAUCGUCAAAGCCAACCAUUUCCAAUACUUCAAGCUCAAGAUUAUUAUCAUGGUUUACUGAGUUUGGAGUCACUACGGAUUUGGAGACAAGCUACACAGCAAGGAUUAUGGGUCUUUCUGUCUUACCAUUUCUUAUUUUGCAAAUCCCAAAGAUUUUCAACUCAAAUUCUGGGGAAUACUUGACGAUAUUGAUCUCUCUUGUUGUUUCAGUGGCUUCUCUGUUGAUAUAUUUCUUCUAUCAGAUCUUCGAACCGUGGAUUCAAAAGAGAAGACUGGAAUAUGUAAAAUAUGAUGAAGCUCUUUUAAGAAUUCUGCAACUUGUGCAAGAACGAGCUUUAGGGAGUAUUCUGACAGGAGAGGGGGCUCCAAAUAUAAAUGCUAUACAGAGACUAUUUGAGGAAAUAGAUGAAGAUGGUGAUGACUGUAUAUCGCCCUCUGAAGUGAGGAAACUUCUGCUCGACAUAAAGUCUACAGGAAUGAAUAUCGAUAAAGACAAUGCAUCAGAAGAAUUAAUCAAAGUAUUAGAUCUGAAUGAUGAUAAGAAAAUAACUAAGGAAGAAUUUGUACAUACUUUUACAAAAUGGCUUGAAGAGACAAAGUAUGCUAUGGAGAAGCGAUACUUCACAAUUAACUCCUUGAAGAGGACUUAUCAGGUUUUUCAUCCGUUCGUAGAAAGUAAAAGAAAAGAACGUGAGAUGAAGAGAAAUCUCAUGUCAGAAAUCGUGAGUCAUCUACAGAGCGUUGCUUUAGGAAACCUAAUCAAAGAAGAUGGUACUCCGGAUUCACCUACUAUUAGAAGGUUGUUUGAAGAAAUUGAUCGUGAUGCAGAUAAUUGCAUAUCAAAAGAUGAGUUAAAAGAACUAAUGAAAAAGAUUGAGAUUGGUAAGAUCUCUUGGGAUGUAGAUGAAGCAGCUGAAAAAAUCAUGGAAGCACUUGACACGAGCGGAGAUCAAAUGAUCGAUGAGAAGGAGUUCGCCGAGGGAAUUGUAAGCUGGUUGAUUAACACGUCCGAAAAUGUAACUCCUGUAUCAAGUCGGUCCCAAGAUGAUAACAAUCGAAGAACCUGGGAAGAAGUGGAUAAGUUAUUGAAGGAUGAAAAAACCAAUGCUGUAGACAAAUCAUCAUGGGCUUGGUUUAAGGCUAUAAUGUCUAUGGUGCUUGGAGUUGCUAUAUUAUCAGUGCUAGCAGAGCCGCUGAUACAUAGUGUUCAGAAUUUCUCCGAGGAUGCAGGGAUACCAUCUUUUUUUGUCUCCUUUGUGUUAGUUCCACUCGCAACCAACGCAAGAGCAGCCACUUCAGCUAUCACGACUGCCUGUCGUAAGAAGUCUAUAACCACUUCCUUGACAUUUUCCGAGAUUUAUGGUGGGGUGUUCAUGAACAAUGUUCUUGGCUGUUCUGUUCUUCUAUUUCUAGUUUAUGCUCGUGGAUUGACAUGGGAAUUCUCAGCUGAAGUACUGGUUGUGCUAAUUACCUGUGCUAUAAUGAGUCUCGUCGUAAGCUUUCACUCCGAUUUCCCAUUAUGGACAUCAUUCAUGGCAUUCCUCUUGUAUCCAUUUUCUUUGUUACUUGCUUAUGUUUUCAACGAUGUUCUCGAUUAUGUUUAGAUCAAGUCAGUAAAUUUUUAAAAAGACUCUUGGAUUUCACAUAGACCACAAGUUUAAUUA